AGAACUUUAUGGCAUGAGGGGUAGUCGGGGGCCUAACAAAUUAUCACACGAAGUCUGUAUCCCGAUUGUUGGUAAAUACACAUGAAAACAAUGAUGUUAUCGAAUAAGGUAGCUCCAAGAUGUGGUACAAUUAUCCAACGAGCAAGUCGACAUUCCAGUCACCCAAUUGCUUUUCAGAAGAGAAAUAUUGGAGGCUUGAGUGGUGCCCGAGUUGCCGUUGCAAGUAGAUCUUUGGGAUCACGGAGAGCCGCGUUAUUGUUAUCAAUGACAAUAUGCGCUGGAGGUCUGUAUGCGUCGGGUUAUCCACGAGCUCUACACGCAGAAGAGAUUCCUACUCCAGCGGAGCUGCAAUUCGAAAAGAAGAGGAAGAACACCAGCACAAAAGAAGAGAAUCGAGACCAAAUAAGCUCACAACACCUGCAAGUGAAGAGGAGUUGGGAGAAUCCAGGAGUAUAUGCAUGGGGAUCAAAUACAGGUCGAGUUGUUGCUCCCGACUCUGACGAAGUCAAUAUCAAGACACCAAGACGAAUACCAUAUUUUGAUGGGAAGAUUAUUCGAGACGUUAAGUUAGACCGUAACUUUGCCGCAGCAAUUACUGAGAACGGUGAUCUGCUGCAAUGGGGUACAGGGUACUCGCCGGAUUGUAAGGAGCCUACACCAACACUGAAAGGGAAAGAUCUUGUCAAGUUAGCUAUAUCAAAAGAUCGCAUCAUAGCACUGUCGUCAAAAGGCACGGUAUACUCAAUUUCGGCCUCAAAAACAGAUCAGGAAUUAGAGCCAAAGCCAAAAGAGAGCUCUUGGAUACCGUUCUGGAGCAGUCAAUCUCAAAUAGGCUAUCGAACAAUGAACCCAGAUAAGUUGGUUUGGGGAGAAAAGGUGUCUGAUAUCAGCAGCGGUCUUGAGCAUUGCCUUCUCCUCACUUCCAAAGGUCGCCUCUUCUCUGCCGCUUCCGGUUCCGAAGACUACCCUACUAAAGGGCAGCUCGGUGUCCCUGGUCUAACAUGGACGGCGCGACCCUCCGGAAGAUACGAUCAACCUCAUCACAUAAGUACACUUCAAGGAUUCGAUAUUGCAAAAAUUGCUACCGGGGACUACCACUCUCUGGCAGUCGAUACACAAGGACGCGUAUUUAGUUUUGGUGAUAACUCUGUUGGUCAACUUGGCUUUGAAUAUAAUUCCGAAUCAUCUACCAUUGAUGCUCCCUCCCUAGUCCCUAUCGACCGGCUCUAUAAAGGCACCAAUCUGCUUCCUCGGGUAACAGGCGUCUUCGCAGGUGGAGUCAACACAUUCUUCACCGUCGACGCUACCCGAGUCGCUGGCCAAUCUGAAGAAGCACCUCCCUUGGACCUGGGCCGCAUCACCGCUGACACCUGGGCCUGUGGACAAGGAAUCUACGGCACCCUUGGAAACGGCCGCUGGACGCACGUACAAGGCAUCCCCUCUAAAAUGAAAGUUCUCUCUGGCCUUUUCGAAUAUGACGAAGUCGCACAAACCGUAAUCCCCAUCCGACUUUCCAGCCUUUCAAUCGGCAGCACUCACGCCUCUGCCGUGAUGAACAACGUGACAAAUGUAAACGCCACGUCUAAAUCCAGUUCAAAUGAUACGAAUUGGGGCGCCGAUGUAUUAUGGUGGGGCGGAAAUGAGCAUUAUCAACUAGGCACCGGAAAGAGAAAUAAUGUUAGCCAGCCGGUAUAUAUACAACCACUGGAUUUGGCGGCGGAUAGGGAGAAAGGAAGGAGGGAGGAACAUCGCUUCCAAAUUACGCCGAGGAAGACGGUGAAGAUUGGCGGAAGAAAUGUGAGUGUAGAACAGAGGAUUGAGUGCGGGAGAGGUUGUACAGCGGUCUACUCCGGUGCUUGAUUAUUAUCGAGGCGGGUGAUUAAUCUAAAUGGGUUGAUCAGUUCAAGUGGACAUAGGUGCUGAGUUUCGAACGUGUAAAGUUCGACUGUAUUGUUUUUGUGUACUCUAUCUUGUAAUUUAGCCAUUGUCAUCGCUAGGGGACAAGAUGUUUAGGAAUGGAUGGGCAUGGGUGGGAACAUUGAUGGUGUCAGGAGAGUAACCCCAACAAAUGUAUAUUGAUCUAAAGGAUACUCAACUCUAUAUCCCUAGCAGAGCUAUUAAUAUUAAGGAUUCCACGACUCAUCAGCAUAGGUCAAUUCCGUGGUCACCCAUUACAAUCACUCAAAUGAAUAAAACUAUUUCAUCUCAA